GAGUGUGUUUGUUGUGGGAAAUAACACCGUGCUGCUGCUGAGCUGGGGCAUUCAAGAUUCAUUACCGGGGGCAGGACGGCGCAGACUACCACCACUACUACCCCCAUCUACGAGCAUGCAGCCGGGGCAGCUUCCCACCGGUGUGAGAUAGACCAGGAGGAGGAGGGAGGGUUGGAGGGACUCAGCGAGGACGAGGGGGGAUAAACCCGGACAGCCAGCAGAGCAGCAGAGCAGCAGACAGCAACGAGUUGUCGCGAUGUUGUAGCUAAAACAUGGACAGCAGAAUAAAGGAAAAUCCAGACAGAACAUUUGAUCUGGUUGUACAGGUGGCAUGUCCAACAUCUGAAAAUGAAGAUCCAACCGUGCUGUGGAGCUUCCCCCAGGACCACACAGACCAGGAGGUCCUUCAGACGAUACCAAAGUUCUGCUUUCCCUUUGACGUGGAAAGGGUUUCCCAGAGUCAGGUGGGGCAGAAUUUCACCUUUGUGCUGACCGACAUCGACAGCAAGCAGAGGUUUGGUUUCUGUCGACUCACUCAAGGCUGCCGGGUCUGCAUAUGUCUGCUCAGUUACCUUCCGUGGUUCGAAAUCUACUACAAGUUGCUAAAUACCCUCGCAGACUACCUUACAAAACAACAGGAAAAUGACUUGAAUGACAUGCUGAAUUCUCUCUAUGAUCUGCCUGUGCCAAAGCCCUUCACGCCAGUCAACCUGAGUGUGAAUGAGCAGUUGUAUAUUGCCACUGGGCAAGUACUGAGAGAUCGGCGAAGCAAGGAGCCGCACUCCUACUUCAUCGCCCCGGAUAUCAAUGGACUGCCAACUAUCCCUGAGAGCAGGAACCUGACAGAGUACUUUGUGGCUGUGGACAUCAACAACAUGCUCCAGCUCUACGCCAGCAUGCUGCACGAACGGCGCAUCAUCAUUACCUCAAGCAAGCUUAGCACUUUAACUGCAUGUGUCCACGGUGCGGCUGCUCUGCUCUUCCCUAUGUACUGGCAGCACAUCUUCAUCCCUGUGCUGCCCCCGCAUCUUCUGGACUACUGCUGCGCCCCUAUGCCAUACUUUGUGGGAGUUCACCUCAGUCUGCUGGAGAGAGUCCGCAGUCGAUCCCUGGAGGACGUGGUCAUCCUCAACGUGGACACCAACACCCUGGAGAGUCCCUUUGAUGACCUGCACAACCUGCCCAGCGACGUGGUGUACUCUCUGAAGAGCAAGCUGAAGAAGCAGUCAACAGCAACAGGAAGUGGUGUGGCGAGGGCCUUCAUGAGAGCGCAGGCCGCUCUCUUCGGAUCCUACCGAGACGCCCUCCGAUACAGACCUGGGGAGCCGAUCAUGUUCUGCGAGGAGAGCUUUGCGAACCACCGCUCCAGCACCAUGAGGAGCUUCCUGUCCAUGGCUGUCAACCUGCAGCUCUUCAAACAGUUCAUCGACGGACGGCUGGCCAAAUUGAACGCAGGCCGUGGCUUUUCCGACGUGUUUGAAGAGGAGAUCACAGAGGGGGGCUUCUGUGGAAGUAAUUCGAGGUCCUACCAGCAGUGGAUGCACACAGUAAAGAGAGGAGGAGCCCUCUUCAACACCGCUGUGACGAAGGCCAAGAGUCAUGCCAAGAGGGGCAUCCGGGACAUUAAGGGCAGACUUAAAGCGCGGGAGGAAGAGGAGGACGGGGUGAUGGUCUGCGCCGGGUCUCCAACCAGCACCAAGAGCCUGUCUCCAAGGAGACUGCAGCAGAUGAGACGGCAGAACUUCAAUAAGUCUCCCAUGAGCAUGGGCCCUCGAGACCUCGGCUACGGGCUAGACGAUGACGAGCUGGACAGCGCGAGCAAGAUUUCCUCAGAGGACAGCGGGGAUGUCCCUUCUUAUACCGAGGACAGCGAUGAUUCCUACUCUCUAGAGCUCGACAUAGACUCGUCUCGCUCGGGCCAGAUGAACCUGCUGGAGGAGAUUCUGGACUCGUUGAACACCACGACUUUGGAGCAAGGAAAACUCAGCGCUGCAAAGAGUCUGGACUUCUUCAGAUCCAUAGAAGAAUUAGACUACAAGCCGCCGAGCAAACCCAUACCCCCCAGUGAGUCCAAACCUGCAGAUGAGAACGGUGGUGGUGUUGGUGGAGGAGGUGUAGAUCAGAGCGGCUGGAACAUGGGCCAGGAUGACAGCGCAGUCCACGGGAAACAUCUCCCCCCGUCUCCUCGCAGACAGCCCAACAAGAGCAGCCUGAAGGUGUCAAAGAAACCCACAAUCCCUCCCCCAGCACCCCCUGCCACAGCUUCAUCCACUGCCCAGAACUCUGACCCCCUCAAGUUACCUCCCAAUCCACCGAACUCUGACCCCAACCCUUUACCUUCGGGGCGACAUCCAGGAGACCGCUUCUCCUACUCCCCCUCACUGGUCCGCAGAGUCACACCCACGCCACCUUCUCCCACUCUCUCCCACACCUACAGUUCUCCAGUUUCUCACCCCACAUAUUCUCCUGGACCAGUGAGCCGCUGUCGGACCAUCUCAGAACCCCAACCCAUUACAGAGCCUCCUCAGAACCAGAACCACACUGCCUCCACCAGCAUCCUGAGGAGGAAGGUGCUCUCCAAGGAGACAGUGAGGCACUACCAGGAAAAGGCCCUCCACAGGCAGGGCAGCAGGGGCCAGUAUGACGGGGGGCUUCAGGUGAGCCCAGCGAGGAACAGCCAGGCCACUGUGCAGGUCCCCUGGGAGAAGGAGGUGUCCAAGGAGGGUCUCCUGGGGCUCAACCUGUGUCUAGGUCAGGGUAAGGGCUCGGGGACGGGCGCGGUGCAGGAUCAGGGUCAGGGUCUCCUGGAGGAGAUUGACUCCAUGUGUUGCCUCAGCUCAGUCCUGCAGCUGUCACAGGUCCACUGUAACAACAGUCACCACCAGGUCCCGGGGAACGCUGCCAAGGAGUCGUAGAGACGUCAGAGACUCAGUGUCUGUAAUGCACCAUGGGCUCUGCUGAAGUCUCUCCACUUAUAUACACUUUUACAACUAUUACACAGCUUUUUACAACUAUCCACAGUCUCAGAGAACAUAGUUAGCUGUCAGGAUAAAAGAUAUAAAAGUUUGAUGUCAUAUACUCACAUAAAGAGUCAUAGCCGAGCAGAGCAGGAAACAAGAGGAGAGGGUUCGGUGUCAUUUUCUUGAAACCAGUGAAAAAGUAUUCCAGUGUAGAAACUGUAUUUAAUGGGAAAAAGAAGUACUCAGAAUUUCCUCAAAUUCAGUCUUUGUGACGAAAUGUAUUUAAAAAUAACGUCUGUAUUUUUCUUUUUCGUAUAAAACUUCAAAUUAAAGGAUUGUGAAAAGAAUCAGGCCAAAAUAAUCUCCCUAAAAUGAGUAGUUAUCUGAGGAAAAGCACUUCAAAUACACAAACUGAAGCCAUAAUAUUACAAAUUUUAACGUGUUUGAAGUGCAGGAUUUCUCAUUUGUUUUGAUUUAUUCAACGUAAGAAAAAUUUAACAACACUUUUGAGUAAUUCACGAACAAAACAACUAUAGGGAUGUAUUUUCAGUGUGGUAUAGCACUCUGUUAUCUAAAUCAAGACCAGAAAACCCCAGAACAAACCAAAAAUGUUGGUAUAAUCUACUUUAAUAAGCGCUUAGUCCUGUCAGGAUUAAGAAAAGGUGAUAUAUCCUCCACUAAUCCCUCAAAGAACAUUUCACUUACUCAAAUUAGAUUUGCACUUAUAGAUAAAUAGAUUAUCUCAGUCUGAACCACAUGGGAUUCAAAUCCUUGAGCAAAAACAUCAAAGUGAGACCAGAUCAUCCACACGCAAAGUCCACUCCGGCCUUUGAAUUAAUUCCACACUGUGUAAUAUAAAUGUUUUCUUUUUUUAUCACAAUGCCUUAAAUGGACAUGUGAUUUGUUUUUGAUACUCUGGUGUCUUAACCUUCAGAUACCAUAACAGGUACUCAGAUCUCUUUGUUACUCUCAGAUCUGUAAUAUUUCUUCAACAGCACUGUAAUACUCAUAGAUAAUUUAAUAUAUAUCUGACGUGCUUUAAGCUGCUGUUUUUAAUUGCAUUCUAGGUAAUGAGAUGUGCAUGGAGGAACCUCUCUCUCUCUCUCUCUCUCUCUCUCUCUCUCUCUCUCUCUCUCUCUCUCUCUCUCUCUGUGUCUGACCUCUUCCCUCAGGACUCUCCUGUAACUCUGAAGAGAAGCAAAAACAGUUAUGUCCUGUAUAUUUACAUGCCAGUUUCAGUGGUCCAAGUCCUUUUCUAUCUUCUUUAAACCAUCGUUACACCCCCCCCCCCUUGUGCAGCUUUCCAGCCUGUAACAUCAUCUUGUUGUCACCCUCCACCUUAACACUUGAAAGCAUAAGGCUGGUGAUAUUUGGCGACAAAUCUCUGACGGCUUCUUCACUGAUAGUAGAAAAUGACGACAUAUACGUGAUUUAAAAGCCAUAAUAAUGAAGAAUUAUGCUAAAGCUGGAGGGAGUUUCUGAGCUGCAGAGUAUCCGGAAGAAUUAACAUUGAUUUUCAUACUUUCAGUCGAUAUCACCGGUCUUAUUUCAGGCUCCCUUCUGUCUCCUUGUCUUUGCCAGCAGGAGGAAAUGCACUCUCUGUCCUCGUAGGUUUGAGUCACACACUGUACUGUACUGUGGUGGCUGAUGAUUGUACUGUAAUGAAGCAAUAGUUCUCCUCAGAGAGUAGCUUACAUGGAUGUAAUGUGUACACAGUCAAAAGUUUUCCUUUAACAGACUCUCCUGUGGAGAGGAACGCCGCUUCCAGUGAUUGUGGGUUUCCAUCGUUCUCUGUGCCGCCACAAACCCAGAGAAAAAAAAAAAGAAGAAGAAAGCUUUUGGUGUGCUUGCGUUGGGAUUAUUACAUUUAUGGUCCGUUGUUCUUAUGAUUUAUGCCAGACGCCAGUCGGUGUGGCAGUUUAAUAGCAGCUAUUUCUCCGCUUUCUGAGUGCUGGUCUGCGUUAACGAUUCGCUCAUAAAGUCUUUGGCGUGCUUCUAAAAGCCCAGGAAUGGGUCCUAGUGUUUCCAAAAAGAGUAAAAAAAAAAAACAGACUCCAAAAAUAAUCUCUGCACUGGCCUUUCACAUUGUAAACACUUUAAAGACUUAUUUACUAUGCAAAUAUUUAAAAUGAUCAAAAAGGUCAGUCCUUAAAGAGUUAUUACAUUUAAUGCACAGAUUUACUUGAUGAAUUAUUCACAACUAAAGUACCCCCUUAUGGGAGUCAACCUCAUGUGUCCCAUUAUAAUAAUAAAAGAAUAAUAAUAUAUAAAGUAUAUUUUGCUUGAGGUGUGACUAUGAGUGUUAAUGACAGAAUGGUGUGUAUGGUGUGCCUUAUACAGUGGGAGUACCACCCAGUAUAACAAGAACAAGGUACAGUAUUAAAGAAAGGAGGUGUAUGCAAUUUCUCAGACCACCUUAAAUCACACAGAGGAACUUUGAGCAUUGUAGUCUUUAUUUAAUCAUCAGAAUCUGGUCCUUAAACUGACCUGAAGUGAACUCGGGUACUAGCAUUGCUUUUGUAGCUGCUUUGUUUCAAACUUCAGGCUGCGGCCCGGCUGCAGUUAGUCAGUGCAUUUCUUUUUUUCUGGUGGGAAUCGUCCCGCCUGUGUUCAAGAAGAGACCUCAGCGUUUCUCUGAGUUAUAUGACUUUUUGUACAUUAGGUACUUUCUUUGAUUGUACUAAAUAGGUGAUUUACUUGUAUAGUUUGUGUUUCUGUUUUCUUUGGGGUCCCAUUUUUUAAAAGAAAUCACCUUUAACACUUACUCUGAGUUGACUGUAUGGAAAAAAAAUCUCUCAGAGGAGUUUCUCUAGUUGUUUUCAUAUGAAUGAAAAAUUAUUUUCAACUGAAUAGACAAGUAUUUUUGCUGGCUUGAGUUUAUUUUACAUGAAUAAAUAGAUUAAAUAUAUGGUUGGUAUCGUCUGUUGCAAAAAAUGACACCUAAUAUUUGAAUGUGUUUAGAUUUUAUUUUUGGAAGGAAACAAAUAAGAGAGAAUAUUAACUAAUGUCCCGUGUAGCCAUUCAUGUUGAAAAGCAUUUGAAACCUUCGAAUCAAAAUAAGCAGAGACUGAUGCUUGCUUGUACGUGGUACAAUGCUAAUUGUUGUAUCUGCAUGUAUGUACUUGUGUAUGUUGAAUGAUAUGAUUUUGUUUUGCUUACUUUUAAAGAUAAGGUCUUUUUGUUGGUAUUUGUUAUUAUUUCAGUAUUUUCCGAAACCAUCAAAUCCAAAGUGAUGAUGGAUAAAGCAUCGGGGUAUCACACAGUACUCAUUUUGCCUUGUAUUGGAUAUUGUUGAGUUAUUUGUCAUCUGCCUUGUGUUUUAGAAGAAUUCAUUUCAACCUUGGUCAGUGGCUCCUGUAGAUAUGACUCAGAGGUUCAUGGAAGAAAAACUUGAUUGGUCAGCUGCUAUUCGCCACAUGAGCAUGGCCGACGUUUUCCUCUGUUGCUAUACGCAGGGUGUGAAGCUCAAAUGUUGCAUCAUGUUUAACUUCUGUAUUCCAAAAUUAAGUUGUUAAAACGUGGGGUAUAUGGCCGUGGUUAUCAUUCCCAGCUUCUCAAAUAAUAAGCAAUUGAUAAUGGAAAACCCUUCAACUGCCCAUGUUUGUAUUUAACCACUCUACAGGUAACAUUCCAUUAGCUAGGAAGCUAACUUUAAAUAAGCUAGGGAAUACAAGCACACAAUAACGUAGCUGAGAAUUAAACUCACGUUACGUGAUGUAAACAGCAAAUUCAUAGCUAAUGUAACAUCAGCUAGGUAGUGUAUUCACAGCUAAUACUACUUAAGCUAGCAAUUCUUUAACAACUAGCAACCACUUUAGCUAAUUCCCAUCUUAUAUUUAAUUAGCAAUCAAGAAAUGUCCAGCCAAAAUUAUAUUAGCUAGAAGCUACAUUCAUAGCAAACAUUACUCUAGCAAAGACGUAAAUUCCUAGCUAAAAUCAUAUUAGCCAGAAGGUAUUUUGACAGCUAACAUAACAUGAGCUAGGAAUUUACAUCUUUACUAUUGUAUUAUGUCACACUAUCAUAUGGGACUGUUAGCUUUCAGUAUUAGCUUUCAGUAGCAUCAGUUGAAUGCUAACAUUAUCUGUUGUCUGACGGUGGCAAACAAAUAGCGAAUUCCCAGCUAAUUUAAAAUAGCCAGGUAGCAUACUCACAGCUUAUACUACUUUAGCUAGCAAUUCAUUAACAACUAGCAACUACUUUAGCUAAUUCCCAUCUCACAUUUGUUAACAAUGACAUUUCCAGCCAAUAUUCCAUUAGCUAUAAGUUACAUUACUUUCGCAAGGCAGUGAAUUUUCAGCCAUUGUAUUAGCUAAAAUGAAUAUUUCAAGCUAACUUCUUAGCAAGGAAGUAAAUUCCUAGCUAAAAUCACAUUAGCCAGAAGGUGUUUUAACAGCUAACAUAAAAAGAGCAAGGAAUUCACACCAUUACAGUUUAUAUUAUGUCACACUAGCAUUUGGUACUGUUGGCCUUUAAGUGUUAGCUUACAAUAACAUCAAUUAUUUGAUGACUUCUAACAUCAGCUGUUGUCUGAUGGUGGCUAUCAUUCCAUUAGCUAGGAAAUAAAUUCUUAGCUAACAUUAAAUAAGCUAGGGAACACAAACUCAAAAUAAUGUAGCUGGGAAUUAAACUCGCAUUAUGUAAAUAUCUAAUUCCAAGCUAAUUUAAAAUAUCUAGGUAGAAUAUUCACAGCUUAUACUAUUUUAGCUAGCAAUUCAAUAACAACCCAGCAUUCAUUUAAAAUGUAUACUAGCUAAUUCCCAUCUUAUGUUUAAUAAACAACGCAGACAUUUUCAGACAAAAUUAUAUUAGCUAGAAGUUACAUUCAUAGCAAAAAUGACUUUAGCAUGGCAAUUCAUUUUUAUCUAGCAGCUUAGCAAGGAGGUAAAUUCCUAGCUUAAGUCACAUCUGCUAGCUGUUGUCUGACGUUGGCUAACAGGUCAUGAAAUAUGUUGGAACUGGAAGUAUGGCCACAUCCCCUCAGUAAUUUAAUAAUUUAUUGACUUUCCAGUUGCUGAUAUACCGAGGAGCAGUGAUAUUAUAAAGAUUAGUCAGAUUUACAAUGUUUACGUUAGCUUAGCUUAGACCGUUCCCACCCUGUGUAUAACAAUGGAGAAAAAUGGCCGCCAUGUGAAUGUGGUUAAUUGAUGGUAAGAAAAGCUUUAGUAACUGUGGUCCACCUUUCACUUCUGUUGUCCAAACAAUGAAGAACAGGCUUGUGAUAACAUUCCUGAUGCCUGCUAGCAGCAGAGUGUAAAGUAGUCCGAUUGUUAAUUUUGGGGUAACGCCUAACUGUCCUGUGAUUACAGUUCCAGAGUGAGCAGCAGGUGACAGAUAAUGUAGCAGCUUUUACUGAGGUACUUUAAAGUGAUAUCAGCUUUGCAGAGAUGUAACAUCACUUCCUCUUCACCACACAUUUUAACAUUAUCUUCUCAGUGUAGUGACAUUGGACACGUUGCAGUGAGAAACUCAUUCCAGUCUCUUGUUUGGGUAUUGUAAUGACGAUUAACUCUUUGAUAUGCCAAUUACUGAUUUCUUAAUUCUGUGCACACUUGCAUGUUGUCAUCGCACAGAAAACUGUCUUACACAACUGAGGUCAAUCUAAUGUGCUAAUCAUGAGUAACUUGGUGCAUCUGCACACAAUGUAUGCACUGUGAACUGAAAAUAAAUUAUACUGUUUCAUGCUUAUGCA